CACUAUAUACAAGACUAAACAGUGAUAGUAACACUGUAACAGUACGAGAUUUGGUGGUGAUUGGUAUGCAUGGGCUUCAUUUGCUACCCUCCAAUCGGAUUGCUUGAGAGAUUAUUUAAUCUUCUGUUCAUUUCAUGGCUAAAGUUUGCCGUUCAAUUGAGACAGAGCCUAGAACCUUGAGUGAAGGGCAACUCAACCGUGCUAGGGAAAUUGCUGCUGAUGUAGUUCAGAAAAUGGAACCAACUGAAGCCACAGCUCUAUUCAUUGAGGGAUUGAGGCCGGUUGGAUCAGCGAAAGAGAUGAAGCAUAUGAUUGAUGGUGAGCAACUACAACUGCAGACUAAGCUUCUGGACUGGAAGGAGGAGGCUCAAAUUUUAGAAAGGCCUUGCCAAUGCUUGUGCUCUACGGCCAUUGUUGAAACGCCCGAUCAAGAAACGCAACUUAUUACAGGACCUGUGUCGGCCCCAUUUUGAUAGUUUUCGUCUAUCAAAGUUUAUAAUUUGACAUAUUAUGUUAUAAGGUUGUGCGACGAGAAAAUAUUUAUAUAUAUCAAAUAAAUACAGUAAGAUUCGUGCCAAAUUUAAAUGUAAGAUUAAUGAAA